GCAGCAACAUGAUGGAGGAGGAUAUGCCUACGGAGGUCAACAAGACGAUGACGAAGAUCGGUUACGGGGCGUCGCUUCCGUAUGAGAUGAUCGUAGAGGUGCUCCAGUGGCUCCCCGUCAAAUCCGUCUUCCGCUUCCGGGCCGUUUGCCGAUCCUGGGCCGCGCUCCUCUCCUCCGACGAGUUCCACAGCCUCCACACGGCCGCAAGCCGAGCACCACCGAAGCUGGUCUACAUCUCACCCACCGCCGGAUUCGACUCCACCGCGGUGUACUCGUGCCCCUUCUCGUCAUCAGGCCGCCCCAGAGAUCGGGGGAACCUGCUCUUCACCAUUGACGGUGCCCGUGGCAACUGCUUGGAAGUAGUGACGCCCGCAUCGUGCCAUGGCCUCAUCCUUCUGUACGACGCCAUCACCACGGCUUACUACAUCUGCAACGCGGCCACGCGGGCAGCCACGCGGUUGCCGCUUUCAACUAACAACGCAUCCAGGUCCACCACCGGGCUGGGGUUCGAUGCCCGGACAAAGGAGUACAAGGUGGUGAGGCUCAUCAAUGGGUUGUGCUAUCACAAGGUCGGCGUCAGGUGCGAGGUUUACACGGCCGGAAGUCGGUACGGCGAUUGCUGGAGGCCGGUCGCCGGAGGAGUUCCCGCGGACUUGCGCCCGUUGGUAGGCGCUGCUGUCAUCAACGCAUCAAUGAACAAGUUACCGCCCGUAUUCGCCAACGGUUCCCUGCACUGGUUGCUGGAUCCUACGAAACCGGGAGUUGCUGUCAUAUCCUUCUCCAUCACGGACGAAACCUUCGCGUGCAUUCCGUCACCGCCCUUCUGGGUGCCAGGAGCAUGCCCGGCCUCCAAACCUUGGCCAACAGCGGAGCACCUAGUGGAGAUGGAUGGCCAACUCUGUCUAGCCAGUGACCUUCGAAACAAGGACACUUUGGAGAUCUGGCAACUGCGCGACUAUAGCUCGGGGCACUGGUCGCUGAAUCAUCGAAUCAGUUUAUCUGGACCGUUGGAAACACAUCUAAUUAAGCCACAAUCUGCCAGAGUUAUUGGCAAUUGCGGGCCAUCAUCAGGGACGAAAAUUAUCAUUGUUACUUGCAACCACAAGAUUGACAACAAGUUUGAGAAACAGGUUCACACCUAUGACCAAAAAUCUGAAGCUCUAGAGACAAUCCUUUCGGUCGUGGAGACACACUCGUCUCCUCACUAUGAGCGCCCUAGCUCAAGGUUCAGUCUCGUCGAAGAGACCCUUGCUCCAGUACAUAAAACAGAUGAAGAGAUUGCCUCGUCGUCCGCCCGGGCUAAGGCGACCAGAGAUAUCCUACUCCGCCUCCCAGCUAAAUCAGCAAUGCGCUCCAAAUUGGUCUGCAAGCAGUGGCUCAUAUUGAUUGAGAAACAAAACUUUAUCGACUCAUAUUUUGAACAUAAGAACAUGCAGGAUAAAAUUAAAAGGCCAAAGGUCAUGCUUGUGGGCAAGGGCACUGGACGAUCGGGUUUCAGUUUUGCUCCAUUGAAUAUAUGCCUCGGAGGGUCUCCUAGCCACGGUACAUUGCUUGAUAGAAAGGUGGUUUGCUCUAAGCCUUGCCAUGGACUGAACCUGGUAAGCACCGAGACAGCGGACUAUCUCUGCAACCCAUGUACAGGUUUCCACAGCAGCUACGCUAAUGGGGGGCUGAAGCUAGACCUAGCCCGAAGAAUGCCAAGUGCAGAAGAGCAUGCUUUCACUGUCGGCAACAAGAACGUUGGCUUGACUUUUGACCCUUUGAUUCGUGACCAUGUUGUGGUGGAGAUCUUCUAUGACCUCAAGGACUUCGAGUCUCGUGUAUAUUCCUUGGGUUGCGUAUUACGGUGGUGCGGCUCCAGAAAUAUGGCUUGUUCGAACUACGUACCUCCUCUGCCUGUGAAUGAUAUGCCGCCUGCCUAUCUUGAUGGGAUGCUGUACUGGAUGAGUGAACCAAGGCUGGGUGAGAGCCACGAAUGGGCAGUUAUCUCUUUCGACAUCAUUACAAAAAUGUUCGAUGUUAUCCCUUGCCCUUCAUGGUUUCGCACAUGGCAUAGCAGAAACCGUUGUCGUGCAUUUGUGGUCGAGCUCGCCGGAGCGUUAUGUGUUGUUCUAGCAGACCCGGUAGCAGACAGUCUGGAUGUAUGGAAGCUAGAGCACGGCCAAUGGGGCAGAGCAUACACAAUUCACUUGAAAGGAUAUCCUGACUACUCCGUCAAGACAAAUGUUGUGGUGCCAUUAGCUGUUGACCCUGAUGGUGGGAGGAUCCUGCUCAACACAGGGAAGAAAAUUGCUCUAUAUGAUCCAAUGGAGCAAAAAAUUCAAGAUUUGUAUUCACUUGAUCAGGUGCCGGUUGUCAGAAGUAAACCCCACACUAACUCAGUCGACAUGCCUUCAUCUUCGUCAGGGAAUAGUUUGACAUGCUCUAAAGAUCUGCCAGGGGAGGAGGUGACAAAAAUACUGGAUACUAGUAGUAUGCCCUUCGUUCCCAUGUUGUAUGAGGAGAGCUUGGCAUCUUACUCCCGUGUGGCCAAAUUAAACUUUCUAUGGUGA